GUUGAUGUGUCCUUGUGAGUCCUUGUGAGCCCAGCUCCAGCUGGGUCACAUUCUCUGUGCUCAAGGAGAGGGAAUAAAUGAUUCCAAUAUCAAUUUCCUAAAUUGAUACCUACCAAACAAGGCUGUUUUCUUUGCCUGAAGUGCUCUUCUUCCCUCAGAUAGGUACAUUGCCCCCUGUUUCUCUUCCUUGUAUCUGCAGAUACCACUUGCCAGAGAGGCUCUCUCUGACCCCCGAUAUAAUACAGCUCCUUCCAGCUUUGCCCCAGUCACCCUCUGUUUCUCUUACCCAGGUUUAUUUUUCCUCAUAGCAUUUAUCAUCAGCUGGUGAUAACUAACAUACACAUACAUGUUUGUUUUUGUCUCCCUCUCCCAAUGAAUUUGUAGAUUCUGUGAGAGCAGCGACUUAGGCUUGUUUUAUUCACUGUUAUAUUCCCAGUACUUAGAACAGUAUCUGGUGCGUAGUAGAUGCUCAGUAAAUCUGAUGACUGCAAAGUAGAAAAUAACCAAAAUUUACUGUCUUCUUGCCUUACAAUUUAACCUGCGUAAAUUGAAAAAUAUUUACAUCUACUAUGGGAAAUGGGUUUCACAUUGCCUGACAACUCCAGUUGCUUUUUGCUGCCUAGAGUGAGACUGGGGCUCCCUGGGAAAGAGAACCUUGAUUAUGCAGCAGUGGCUGCUGGGCCAGGAGAGAGGAGAGUCGGGAAAUAUGCAAAGUACUUGCCAUUCCUAAUGCAGCGAGGCACUGAAAAAUGGAUACAUUUUUCGCCUCCAUUCUUUUGUAGCUCUGGCUUGCUCUCCUUUGCCCCUGGGAAAUGUUGGUGGAUACUUGGGGUUAGGUUGGAAAGGCUUUCUGUUUACAGAAUGACAUAGAAACUAAUAAUUCUAUGGUUAAUAAGCAUGGCACAAAUGAGUCUCAUAGAAAUGUCAGAAUCCGACAGGACAUUGUAGGGGGCCAGUAUACUAGCUGCUGUUCCAUUGAAAAAUAAUCUUCAUUUGUUUAUCUAAUAUGGAAAAUUUUUCUUUGAAGUUAAUUAAAAAUGAUUUUAAACCUGUCUUUUUCUUCCUUCUAGAUUCUUUCUGAAAUCUGUUCAACUUUUUGAGCACUAUGAAUAACCACGUGUCUUCAAAACCAUCUACAAUGAAGCUAAAACAGACCAUCAACCCCAUUCUUUUAUAUUUCAUACAUUUUAUAGUAUCACUUUAUACUAUUUUAACAUAUAUUCCAUUUUAUUUUUUGUCUGAGUCGAGACAAAAAUCAAACCAAAUUAAAGCGAAGCCUGUAAAUUCAGAACCACAGUCUGCAUACAGAGCUGUAAACAGUUUGGGUGGUUUGGCUUCAGUUUUAUACCCUGGAUGCGAUACACUAGACAAAGUGUUUACAUAUGCGAAAAACAAAUUUAAGAAGAAGAGGCUUUUGGGAACACGUGAAAUUUUAACUGAGGAAGAUGAAGUGCAACCAAAUGGAAAAAUUUUUAAAAAGGUUAUUCUUGGACAGUAUAAUUGGCUCUCCUAUGAAGAUGUCUUCAUUCAAGCCCUUAAUUUUGGAAAUGGCUUACAGGUGUUGGGUCAGAAACCAAAGACCAACAUUGCUAUCUUCUGUGAGACCAGGGCUGAGUGGAUGAUCGCUGCACAAGCAUGUUUUAUGUAUAAUUUUCAGCUUGUUACAUUAUAUGCUACUCUAGGAGGUCCAGCGGUUGUUCAUGGAUUAAAUGAAACAGAGGUGACCAACAUCAUUACUAGUAAAGAACUCUUGCAAACAAAAUUGAAGGAUAUCGUUUCUUUAGUCCCACGCCUGCGGCACAUCAUCACUGUCGAUGGCAAACCACCUUCGUGGUCCGAGUUCCCCAAGGGUGUGAUUGUGCACACCAUGGCUGCAGUGCAGGCUCUGGGGGCCAACGCGAAUGUCGAAAACAAACCUCAUAGCAAACCACUACCCUCGGAUAUUGCAGUGAUCAUGUAUACAAGUGGAUCCACAGGACUUCCAAAGGGAGUCAUGAUCUCUCAUAGUAACAUUAUUGCUGGUGUAACUGGGAUGGCAGAACGGAUUCCAAGACUGGGACAGGAAGAUGUUUAUGUUGGCUAUUUGCCUCUGGCCCAUGUUCUAGAAUUAAGUGCUGAGCUUGUCUGUCUUUCUCAUGGAUGCUGCAUUGGCUACUCUUCACCACAGACUUUAGCCGAUCAGUCUUCAAAAAUAAAAAAAGGAAGCAAAGGGGAUACGUCUGUGUUGAAACCAACACUCAUGGCAGCUGUUCCGGAAAUCAUGGAUCGAAUAUACAAAAAUGUCAUGAAUAAAGUGAAUGAAAUGAGUAGUUUUCAACGCAAUCUGUUUAUUCUGGCCUAUAAUUAUAAAAUGGAACAGAUUUCAAAAGGGCAUAGUACUCCACUGUGUGACAGGUUUGUUUUCCGGAAAGUACGAAGCCUGAUAGGUGGAAAUAUUCGGCUUCUGUUGUGUGGAGGUGCUCCACUUUCUGCAACCACCCAGCGAUUCAUGAAUAUCUGUUUUUGCUGUCCUGUGGGGCAGGGAUAUGGCCUCACCGAAUCAGCUGGGGCUGGAACAAUUACAGAUGUGUGGGACUAUAAUACCGGCAGAGUGGGAGCACCAUUAGUUUGCUGUGAAAUCAAGUUAAAGAACUGGGAAGAAGGUGGAUACUUUAAUACUGAUAAACCACACCCAAGGGGUGAAAUUCUUAUUGGUGGCCAAAAUGUGACAAUGGGAUACUACAAAAAUGAAGCGAAAACAAAAAUCGAUUUCUUUGAAGAUGAAAACGGACAGAGAUGGCUCUGUACUGGAGAUAUUGGAGAGUUUGACCCUGAUGGUUGUUUAAAGAUUAUUGAUCGUAAAAAGGACCUUGUGAAACUUCAGGCAGGAGAGUAUGUUUCUCUUGGGAAAGUAGAAGCAGCUUUGAAGAAUCUCCCACUAAUAGAUAACAUUUGUGCAUAUGCAAACAGUUAUCAUUCUUAUGUCAUUGGAUUUGUUGUGCCAAAUCAAAAGGAACUAACAGAACUAGCUCGAAAGAAAGGACUUAAAGGCACUUGGGAGGAGCUGUGUAACAGUUGUGAAAUGGAAAAUGAGGUACUUAAAGUGCUUUCUGAAGCUGCUAUUUCAGCAAGUCUGGAAAAGUUUGAAAUUCCAGCAAAAAUUUGUUUGAGUCCUGAACCGUGGACCCCUGAAACUGGUCUAGUGACAGAUGCCUUCAAGCUAAAACGCAAAGAGCUUAAAACACAUUACCAGGCGGACAUUGAGCGAAUGUAUGGAGGAAAAUAAUGAUUCUUCCCGGCAUCAGUUGGCUACAGCGAGCGCAGAGCAAAUAGGAAAAUACUUGAAAUGCAUGUCUCAAACUGUGAGGCAAACUCCAUUCCUCAUAUUAAACCUAAACUGUUAUUUCUCAUGACAUCACCAUUUUUAACUGACAGAUUAGUAAAAUAUUAAGACAGCAAACUUGUGUCUGUCUCUUCUUUCUUUCCCCCUCCUCCAGUUCACUUUCCCACCUGUGUCUAUACUUGUCAGUGUGAGGAUCUUCUGGAAUCAUUGGGGAAGCAGUGAUUUUAAAACCAAGUUUUUAAACAUGAUUUAUAUGUUCUGUAUAAUGUUCAGUUUGUAACUUUUUAAAAGUUUGGAUGUAUAGAGGGAUAAAUAGGAAAUAAUAAAAAUUGGUUAUUUGGGGGGCUUUUUUACUUAAACAGUAUUUAAAAAUAAAAGGAUAUUGAUGUGAAAUUAUGUAAAUUUCAAAUGCUUGUGAAUCAAAUCAUUGUUGAACAAAAGAUUUGUUGCUAUGUAAUUAUUGUCUUGUAUGCAUUUGAGAGAAAUAAAUAUGCCCAUACUUAUGUUUUAA